AUUUCAAAAUUAAACACCAGAAUUCAAACAACUAAAGAAACGGGUCAAGUGAUUUUUAUCUUAUAUAGGCCCUUCCUCCUCCCUCUUUCCUCCACCGCUCUUGCUUCUUCUUGGUGGCUAUGGCGGUUAGGACGUGGUUUAGUUUACUGGCAUUGGCCAUGGUGGUUAUACAACUAAUUGGGACUGGUAUGGCGUAUGAACGCCCACCGGCCCGGAAAAUGUAUAUCGUCCUUGACGACGAAGAUCAGGAUCCCACUCAUCCGGACCAGGUGCGUAUAUCUAUGGCUGGAGCAGACAAGAUGAGAAUAACAUGGAUGACCAAGGAUGAAACUCCUGCAGAGGUACAUUAUGGUACAGUUCAAGGAGAACUUGGCAGCUCUGCCACCGGGAGUACCCGUUCAUACAAGUAUGCCACGUACACAUCGGGCACAAUUCACGAUGUGCUCAUUGGACCACUGAACGCAAAUACUGUAUAUUACUACCGCUGUGGCUCCUCCGGUCCCGAAUUCAGCUUCAAAACCCCACCUUCUCAGUUCCCCAUCAGACUUGCAGUUGCAGGUGAUUUUGGACAGACGGAAUGGACAAAGUCGACCCUGGACCACAUAUCCAAAUCCAACUACGACUUGCUUCUUCUGGCCGGAGACUUGUCAUACGCAGAUUUUUAUCAGCCAUUGUGGGACUCUUUUGGGCGGCUGGUUGAGCCCCUGGCUAGCCAGAGGCCUUGGAUGACCGCGACAGGCAACCACGAUGUUGAGAAAAUCAUCGUUGUCCACCCGGAGAAGUUCACAUCCUACAAUGCAAGAUGGCACAUGCCCUUUGAGGAGAGUGGCUCUACUUCGAACCUCUAUUAUUCCUUUGAAGUUGCCGGAGUUCACGUGGUGGUGUUGGGAUCCUACACUGACUUUGGCUCAGACUCCGACCAGUACAAGUGGCUUCAAGCGGAUUUGGGGAAAGUUGAUCGGAAGAGAACCCCCUGGCUGGUGGUGAUGCUCCAUGCCCCAUGGUACAACUCCAAUUCCGCUCAUCAGGGUGAGGAAGAAUCAGAUGGAAUGAGAGACUCCAUGGAAGAAAUACUUUAUAAAGCUCGAGUGGAUGUCGUCUUUGCUGGCCACGUCCAUGCUUAUGAGCGCUUUGACCGAGUUUAUCAAGGCAAAACUGACAAGUGUGGUCCAGUCUAUAUAACCAUUGGGGACGGCGGCAACAGAGAAGGCCUUGCGACUAAGUACAAUGACCCAAAACCCGAUAUUUCACUCUUCAGAGAGGCGAGCUUUGGACAUGGGCAGUUGAAUGUGGUGGACGAGAACACGAUGGAGUGGACGUGGCAUAGGAAUGAUGAUGACCAAUCAGUUGCCGCAGACUCCGUCAAGUUGAAAAGCCUCGCAACUGAACCAGGCUGUAACUAAUUAAGCUGUAAAAGGAUGUGAGCUAGGGAUGGAAUUGGGAGCUCUGUUCAGGAAGGCCUCCAUUUUUAGUGGUUGUUGAAUUCUGGAACAAUUAAUUGUCGGAUUCAAAUGUUCCUCCUUUCUUAGUUCCCUUUUCCCAUGGAUUCAGAUUCUUUGGUAUCCGCUUGGAAUAAAAAAGCCUACUUGUAUUUCGUAGGCAUUCUGCCAAUUACCUGCAUCUCUGUUCAUAAUUUAUAUCAAAUAAACAUAAUUCAGCUCAGCCAAGCAUCCGAAUAAGUUUAUUAUUA